CCCGUCGCCUCACUGUGAUGCGCCGCUCCGGGCCAGUAGGCUUGAGAUCGAUGUCCGUGAGAUCGGAGAUGCUGCUGUCAGCGAAGGUUCUGACGUUCAGAUCGCGAUGAAGGAAAGCAGCUACCUACGCGACAGAGCAGGAGUGACUCAGUCCACCUGCAGGUGCCGACAUAUCGUCCAAGAUGUGAGGUCCCGGGUGAAGGAUAUAUAAUCAGCAGCCAUGAGAUCCCUAGUUGCUGAAGGCCCUCACGCAUCUACCCGUUGCCAUGAGGCUGUCUACGUUGUCCAUCUUCGUCGCCUUCGCCAUCUCGGCUGCGGCUGCAAUGCCUACGCAGCUUGAUGAGCGAGGUGGCAAGAACCACAAAAAGCACCCCGCUCAACAUCACCCAGCAAAGGGCGGCGACGGACACCCCAAGCACCCUCUCAAGAAGCCUCACCCCAAGCCCAAAUCGAAGCCUCACCCUCACCCGGCCAAAGGAAAGAAGGAUAAGGGAACGACGAAGCAUCCCCACCCUCACCCGAAACCCAAGAAGGACAAGCCGUCGCCGCACCCUCAUCCCCAUCCGCACCCACACCCACUUCCGCAUCCCAAGCCUCACCCAAGCUCACCUACUCCUGGAGACAAUCCCCCCAGAGGUGACGACCCAGCCGACACACCUCCCAAGGACGAUGGUGGUGACACAACGACUCCUCCCGGUGAUGGUGGUGACAACACAACUCCUCCUGGCGAGGGUGAUGGCAACACGACUCCUCCAGGUGACGACGGUGACACGACGCCUCCUGGCGACGACGGUGACACGACACCUCCCGGCGAUGAUCCAAUCGAGAGUCCGUCGCCGCCCACCAGGGGCGUCUUGUCCUACAACGCCGAUGAAGGCGUCUAUCUCCUGGGUGACAACCUGUCCAACGAUCCCGAGCCGGACAAUUCAGAACUGGGUUUGGUAGCGUACCCUCAGACGUGGUCGCUGUCCCAAGAAGGGUUCCUCGUCGCCCCCUCGGGCCGCUACGUGUACGCUCAAACUCCCGACUACGCCUACUACGUUCAACUCGCGAAGCCUAACAGCCCAGUCCUCGACCAAUUCCCUGCCGCGCCCUACAAAUGCACGGUAAACUCUGAGGCCUCGAAUGAACAGGCUGCCGUCCUGGACUGUACAGCGACGACGACGGCUGGCAGCUUCGACUCCUUUACAAUUUGCUAUGACCACCGCAUCGAGGGCGACGCAAUUGGCUGCGGAGGCGACGACGAGGUCAUAAGAUCGUUCAAGCAGUUCACCCUCACCGCGGACUGAGGACACGAUUCUCCAACGACUGUGGCUACUCUCCCCCUACGUCUCCCCGCGGUAGUUGCUCGACGCUUUUGCCCUCUGUGAUUCUCGAGGUGUGCCUGCGGAAAAGUCACCCAAUCGAUCCUUUUCUGAGAAUCCGCGAGCGUGUGGCGUGCAGCAGUCGUGAGCGGGCAUGAAAGAGUACGACAUGAGAUUGCGUGUGCCCGGCGCGACUACCACGUCAGGUCAAACCUCGCCAGAUUCCUCACCGCGUCCUCUACAUCCUUCUGCGCCCUCUUUCGCUUGAAGAAGAUGGGGCAGUCCUUGUUCGUGCAGAUGACAUCGGACGCUAGGGAGCUCUGGCAACGUUGGCAGCAGACCCAGAGUCGCGCGAACUCGACCUCGAGCGCU